AAUCACUGGAUAUCUGGUGACCCUUGAACAAAUUAAUUUUGAUCAAAACUUGACACUGUCUAGAGCUUCUCUGGCUAGACUGGAGACUGAAGUACAUCUACCUAGGCUGUGUUCAUGGCUCAGUUGAGUCGACCAGUCAUGAGCGGUGGUGAUCAGCUAGACCUUGGCUUGGCCGUUCUCUGUGGAAAUGUGGAAGACAUCACUCGCAUACUGGAAGAAGGUGUUCCUGUGAAUUCCAGAGCAAGUGAUGGGUGGAUUGCUCUACACAAAGCGUGUUUCAACAACAGAGCAGACAUUGCAAAGCUUCUGUUAAAGUAUAAAGCUGAUGUUAACCAACAAGACAGCGAAGGAGACACGCCCCUUCACAAAGCCUUCUAUAUGGGAGCAAUGGAAUGUAUCACUUUACUGCGUGCCACAGGGAUGUGUGACUUAGGAAUUUUGAACAAAUCUGGAAGAACUCCGUUAGGGGAAGCAAUCUAUCAUGGUAACCCGAAGAUAUUCAAGUUUUUGAUCAAGAAGCUUGACAUGGAUGCUCAUAAAGGUCCUGUUAACGAACAAGGAGAUACUCCGUUGGGAUUUGCUAGUCGUGGAGGGAAGCUUGAAAUUGUCAAGUUUCUCGUCUCUGUUGUUAAUGUUGAUGUUAAUGCCCCUGCAACCAAAUCCGGACAGACACCAUUGGCUUUGACACACCAAAAUGAGAUCAUUCGAGUUCUACUUCAAUAUGGAGCACACAGCAAAGAUGCUUACUCAAAAAUAGUAGGCAAAUUCUUGGAUCCCUUGACCAAUCCAGUGAAACUUUUCAUCAUUGGUCGUGGCGGUGAAGGCAAAAGCACACUUGUAAAAUCGAUGGAGCAAGAGCCUUCUUUCCUACAAAAUCUAACUGAGCGGUGGUUCACCUCUAGAUCUCCGCAACAGGUCACUGAUGUUAACCAACAAACAGCUGGUAUUGUUACGAAACUUUUCAAGAGUCAGGUGUUUGGAGAUGUCGAAGUGUUUGAUUUUGCAGGGCAAGAUACGUACUACAGCAGUCAUGCUGCGAUCGUCAAGUCAGUUGUUAAUACAUGUCCCCCAAUUUUUUUGCUCGUUUUAGGUCUUCAUAGAGACGAUGACGCCAUUAUACGUUCAAUAUCGUAUUGGUUAGGUCUAAUUUCCAAUCAAUGCGACAAUAUGCAAUGCAAAGCCCCUCUCAUUGUAGUUGGUAGUCAUGUCGACCAGGUUGCGCAAACAACGUCAAUUGAUAGAAAGAAGCGACUCAUCACACAAUCAAUUUCAAACAAUUCAACUUUCGAUCUGGUUAAGACCAUUGCAAUGGAUUGCCGCUAUCCACAGUCAGAAGGUUUGACGUUGCUUCGACGUUCAUUGGAAACGAGCUGUUCAGUAAUUCGAUCUAAACUGACUGUAACAUUGAACUCUCAUAUGCUUCUCAUUUUCCUUCUUGAUAAGUAUGCUAAAGAGAUUGCAGUUCAACUUGAAGAAGUGCAACAGAAAAUUAAUGCUGAUGCUGAUUGCAGUCUUUCUAGAAGAGAUAGAGAAAUACUUUCGUUUAUUCCAAAUACGAUUCCUCAUCUUGUUGAGAUCUGUGUCCAGUUAAAUGACAAAAGUCACAUUCUUUUUCUACACAAUAAUACAUCACCUGAAAAGAGUUUCAUAGUUCUCAACAAGACAGCACUCUUGAGUAAAGUUAACGGUACUAUCUUCGCUCCUGAAAACUUUAAACAGCACUGUGAACUCUCUACAAGCACUGGUGUGGUUCCAAACUCAAAACUUUCCACAUAUAUUCCAGAUGUUGAGGUUGAAGUGCUUACCGGAUUUUUAUUUAAUCUCGAACUUGCUGUACCAAUUGAAGAUGGGGAAGUCCUCGAACUUCUUAACAAAGAGCAUUUUCCUCAAGACAGGAAUAACAAACACAUAUUCUGUCCUGCACUUAUCCGAUUAGAUCCUCCAAGGGGAAUUUGGGAGAAUAUGAAACAUUCUUUCGGCUGGAUGCUGUCUUGUGUCGAUAGGAAUCAGUUUUUUGAUGCAAGGUUUCAACAAAUUCUCAUUCUCAGACUGGCUUUCUCUCAAGUUAUUGCCCCCGAAAUAAAGUCUCAUGUUCCUACUUUACAGCACCAAUGUUCAGUCUGGAAAACAGGUAUCUGUUGGAGCAUUAGUCAAGGUGCAAAAGUUGUUGUUGAAGUUAUCGAUCACAAUAAAACUAUCGUACUGCUUCAGACCCGCGAACAAUCUUUGGAAUGUUUAACGUUACGCUCAGUGGUCAUAAAGAAAGUUCUCAAGGCUGUUAGUGAUGUCUGUCCAUCUGUAAGCACAGCUGAGCAAAUUCUCGCACCAGCUUCAGUUAAUUAUCCUAUUGAAUUAUCGAUAGCAAAGCUAUUCAGUAUUAAAACAGUCGCACAGAGCAUUGUUAAUCGUGAACUAGGAGUUGUUUCGAAUAAUGGUCAGUGUACUGUGCAACUUAACCAAUUGUUUGACGUGUAUGUUCAUCUUGGUGAAAACGUUCUUCGAUCUUUGUUCAACGAAAACGAUGCAAUUUACAAUUCAACAAUAUCUGAUCGAUACAUUUCAGCCGUUUCUUCCUUUUGGUCUAAGAAUUCUCAAAUCAGUAAGAUCAUCUACUCCGCACUUACCACCACAGAAUGUGUGACCACACCACAAUUAGGUGUUGAAAGUCUACGAAAAGUACUUACGUCAUGGAGGGAAAGAAGUGAAGGCACGUACAGUUCACUCAGACAUAUUUUGGAUCCUCUAAGUAUUUUUGCUGGAAAAAACCCCAUGGAAAUCGCUGAUAUCCCUCCUAAGGAGUUUGAAGAGGACUUAUUGCCAGUGUUACCGGUGCCCCAAGCAAUAAGCACAGAUGGUGGAGUCGUAACGAUUGAUAAUCUAAUGAGAAAAACCGGAGUCACUGACAACCAGCUGAAUGCACUUCUCAAAGAAAAUGACCUUCACAACAUUGCCGCCUGUUUUAAUGAUGUCGAUACUUACAUCUACAAUCUUGGUCUGCUUCCUGGACAGCAAACUGAUAUCCAAGAUCUGGCUUGUCGCAGUGGUACACAAAUAGCUAUGGCGAAAGCACUCAAACUGUGGGGUCAGCCUAACCCUAUUGCAGCAACUUAUAGAGCGCUGCUGGUUAUUGUACUGGACUUAAGAAGAGGUGAUGUGGCUCUCCGUGUUUGUAAGUGUCUCUCUGAGAACACUUUGUCUAAAACUUUGUUAUAACACUGGGUAGUGUCACUAGAUAUCUUGUGAUCACUCACGCAAGGCGAAUAUAAUUAUAUGUACAUGUAUACUUACUAUUUAUAAGACCAGGAGUGAUAUUCAUGCACUCCUGAUAAGACACAAUGGCUCUGCGUGAGAUAAUAUAAUUAUGACGCCCUUAAUGUCAUAAUCUAUAGACUAGAUACGUGUGUUUGCUUAUCUUUAUAUUAUAUUAAAUUAUGACGGUGAUCUUAUGAACAUUUGUCUUCAA